AUGCGGAAAAGCGCUAAAACGGAGACGGGAAAAAUGCCCAACAUGGAGCAAGAAAUUGGCAGCUGGGACUCGGUGCUGCUGGAAAACCUCUCCGAGGAGAGCUUCAUCAAUAACCUUCACCAGCGCUACAAACGGGAUUUGAUCUAUACCUACAUCGGGACGUUUCUGGUUGCCCUGAACCCAUACAAACCACUGCAAAUUUACAACCCGGAUCAGGUUCGUAAGUAUGCGACGAAAAGCCUUUUCCAGCUGCCACCGCACAUCUUUGCCUUGGCAAAUUCGGCCCAUCAGUUUCUGCUGAACUACAACGAGGACCAGUGCAUCAUAAUGGCGGGCGAAUGUGGUUCGGGCAAGACUGAAUCCUCGCACAUGAUCGUCCACUUCCUGACCCAGCUGUCCGAGAUGCGACGCAGCCGUGCGCCCAUCUUUUCGCUGCGUGGUUCCAACCCAAACUCGAGACAAUCGACACCGAAACACUCUACAAUCAGUCGCGUUGGGUCAUCGUUCGAAAGUGCCGCCCCGUCGUCCGUCGUCGGUGGCCGGCUGGACAGUAUCAUGAAGUACAACAAUUCGUCGAGACAACAAAAAUGUUCCCACGAAAAGACGGUAGAAUUUGACCUGAUUUCGCACCACAAGAGCACGGAAAACAUUCCCGCGAUGGUCAACUAUGGCUUCAUGCCGGCCACCAUGGCCAGUAUGCCGAAGUGCUUGAAGCAUUCGAACCAAUCCAUCAGCCGUUCGACCGAGGCAAACGAAUUCCCAACCAAAUCGACGCUCAAAUCGUCCGCCGUGGGCUCCUGUCCAAAGCACAACUGUACCAGCAGCCACGCUGAUUUGAACCGGAUGUGCGGUGCGUCUCCUUCGCCAUCGCUGCAGAAGCGAAGCAGCCUGAUGCGCUGCUGCCAUCAGAACAGCAACAACAGUACUCGGUCGAUUCACAAAUCAUCCUCGUCGAUCGCACUGACGCACGAUCACGGAACCACCUCGCCGUCGACUUUCCACCGUCGGCAGAUAUUGAAAUCGAUCUCAAAGGAGGUGUACAUUCGGGAUUUGGAGUUGCAAAAAAUGCGCGAGCGUGUGGCACAGGCGGAGAUCUUCCUGGAAGCAAUGGGCAACGCGGUCACGGUGAAGAAUGCCAACUCGAGCCGAUUCGGAAAGUUCUUUGACAUUGAGUUCGACUACAAAGGUGAUCCUGUGGGCGGACACUUGACGUUGUACAUGUUGGAAAAGUCUCGCGUCACCACACGGGCAUCCGGGGAAAGGAACUUUCACAUUUUCUACCAACUGCUCUCCGGUGCCGACAUUCAACUGCUCAAAUCACUUAAAUUGCAAAGAAACAUCGACAAGUAUGAAUUGUUGAAAAACAGCUUCGCCAAUGAGGACGACCGAACGAAUUUCACCUUUACUAAGCGUUCGCUUGAAAUAUUGGGCUUCGGACAGGAUGAGAUAUUUUCGAUAUUCACCAUUUUGGCCGUGGUGCUUAAGCUUGGCAACCUAACAUUCAUCCCAACCACCAACAUCGACGGUAGCGAGGGUUGCGAAAUCUCCAACGAGUAUGAAUUGGACGAGAUUGCGCAACUGCUACAGCUGGAUAACCAAAUGCUGUUCAACUGCUUAACACGGCUCGGUGACAACUGGGCCCAGCUGGAACCGGACGGAACCGAAAUCGAUGCCAGCUAUGCAUCGCGCAUCAAGUUCACACUAUGCCGCACAUUGUACGGGCGGCUUUUUACGUGGAUCGUCGCACGGGUAAACGAUGCACUGAAGCUCAAAACGAGCGGUACGGUCGGCAGUCGAGGGAAGACCAUCGGGCUGUUGGAUUUUUACGGUUUCGAAGCGCUGGAAAAGAACACUUUCGACCAGUUCGCCAUCAAUUACUGCAACGAACGAUUGCAGCAGCAUUUUAUCAAGAGUGUGUUGAAACACCAGCAAGAUUUGUAUGUGAGCGAAGGGCUGGAUUGGAUACGGAUCGAUUACUUUGACAAUGCACCGAUCUGUGAGCUGAUCGACAAGCCUUGCUUCGGGAUUCUCCACUUGCUCGAUGAACCGCAGGUCAUCAAUGAUGGACUGUUGCUCACGCGUCUGCAUCAGUGCUGUGCCGGCCACACCAACUUUCUCGCGCGCGAUGCAUCACUGCCUUCUAAUUGUUUCCAAGUACGCCAUUUUGAAGGUCCCGUCGUGUACACGACCAACGGGUUCAUCGAGAAAAAUCUGGAUCUGUUGCCGAGGCACAUCAGCAGCUGCCUGUUUCAGAGCGAUCUGCUCAUCGCAUCCUGCCUGUUUCCGGAGGGUAACCCGAAGCGCCACUCGAACCGCAAACCAUCGAGCUUAAGCAACAACCUACGAACCUCGCUUCAAACGCUGCUAAAGCUGCUGGAGCAGCGUUCGAACCAUUACAUAUUCUGCAUCAAACCAAACGAGCUGAAGCAGGCGAAAAUGUUUGAGCUUGGGCUGGUGCAGCAUCAAGUUCGCUACCUUUGUCUGAUGCCGCUCAUAAAUCUGUGGCGCAAUGGACACUGUUUUAAUAUGGUGCACGCCCGCUUCUUGGCACGCUACAAGCUGCUGUGUCAGUACACCUGGCCCCACUUCACCGGAACGAUCGUAGACGGCGUGGCAUUGAUCAUACGCAGCGUACCGCUGCCGGGAGCUGAGUUUACAAUUGGGCGCAAAAAGGUUUUCAUUCGCAGUCCUCGUACCGUGUACGAGCUGGACGAGUUUCGCAAGGUGCGGCUGAACGAGUUGGCGGUGUUGAUACAGAAAACGUACCGCUGCUACACGAAAAGGAAACGGUUCGUGACACUCCGCCACAGUCAACUAAUCAUUGCAAGCUACUGGCGUACCUGGAGGGAGCGAGAGAAAUUGCGGCUAGUAGAGUUUCGAAAGCAAGCGCUGUGGGCAGUGCAAGUGAUUGGAAGAUUUUUUGUCCUGCUAAAGACAAGGGAAUUUCUGUUGACACUGUUGCUACGCCUGCCGCACGACAAUAUGAGCCCAAUCUGUCACGAGUGGCCGUCAGCUCCGACCUUCCUAACGGAAACAUCUCAGUUGUUGCGCACCAUCUUUCACCGCUGGCGAUGCUACAAGUAUCGCAAGUCGUUCGAUCAACCGGCGCGCAAUCGUAUGCGCGAGAAAGUUACCGCCAGUAUCAUAUUCAAGGAUCGUAAAGUGUCCUACCCACGUAGCGUGGCACAUCCGUUUCAUGGCGAUUAUAUCCGACUGCGGCAGAACAUACAGUGGAAGCGGGUCAGCUGUGAGCACAACGAUCAGUAUGUAGUUUUCGCGGACAUCAUCAAUAAGAUUGCACGAACAAGUGGCAAGUUCAUCCCGAUACUGUUGGUCAUCUCGACGAACUCCAUGCUGCUGCUGGACCAGAAAACGAUGCAAAUUAAGUACCGUAUUCCGGCGUCGGAAAUAUACCGGAUGUCGCUCAGCCCGUACUUUGACGACAUUGCCGUUAUCCACAUUCGCGCAGAUAACUAUUGCUCGUCGAACAUGUCCGAUCGCUCAGAAUCACCCACCGGAUGUUUGUUUCAGUCGGAAAUAGGCAAAAAGAAGGGCGACUUUGUGUUCCAAACUGCACACUCGAUUGAGAUAGUGACGAAGCUGUUCCUGGUAAUCCAGAAUGCCACUGCCAAAUCGCCGGAAGUGACCAUCAGCACCGACUUCGAGGCCAAUUUCGGAGGCCAGACGGUCAUAUUCACGUUCAAGUGUGGUGGCCUGGUAGACAAUCCGUACAAUCAGACACGCGUCACGCGCAAGGGCAAUCGGAUGGAGGUGAUCGUGUAACAAAACGCCUCCCCACCGGCACAGACGGCACUCGUUGACUGUCGCGCCCGGCGACGUUCGCUGCUGGUGGUCGACAGCUACACCGAUGACGACGGUAUGGAGUUUGGCGUCCGGGGACUCGAGUUUGCGUAGAAACUGGAGAUGCUGCAAUAGACACGCGCACCAUUUAUUAUUAUGCGUCAUCAAUUGGGAAGAAAACGAAAGGUACGCAGAGAUCGGUUAUACCGAUCGCGCCUCGCAUCGCCUGCCGAUCGAUUGGUUAACCUUUUCCAAAGGGGCAAUUUCAAUAAGCAAUUCUUUACCUAAAUUAGCACAUUUAAAUCCUAGCUCUAAAACUAUAUAGAACUAUUAGAAGUUUUCGGCACGGGGAAUCCUUUCCCGCCCCUUUUUUCCCACCCCGAUGCGUAAACUGUUAGCUCCACACAAAAACACAGCUGCACGCGGUUCACAUUGUAGCACGUGUUUGGAGGCGCAAACUAGCGAUCAUAUAGCGUGUACGUAUAUCGCAAGAGAAUUGUAUUUUGGUUAACCAAUUUAAGGAUAGUUUCCUCCCUUUUCUCCUCACCUUGUACAACGAUCGGAUGAGGAAAGACCUUAUACGGUGAGGAAGAUGAGUGUGCGUACGUGUAUUUUAUAAAAACUUUCCGAGAUAGUAGCGGCGAGCGUGAUUUAGUUCGACGAUCGAAUUUACAAAACAAUUCUACACUAGCUAGUGUGGAAACUUCCGGCGCGCGAUCGCACACUCGGUAAAGGAACCUUCGCGAUCGUAAACGUGUUAGUUAAAGUUUCCUCGUACGAUUUUACCCGGGGCGUGUUUAGAGUGUAACGUGUUUUACCCUAGGUACCCGAGAUGAGUGCAAAUUUCUUCUAGCUGUCGCUGCAUGAGAGCAACACUACUAUUACCACUCCUACUGCUACUACUACUAUUAAUAUCACUACUACUAGUAGUUUGAAUGGCAUGGGUCGCGAUGAUAGCGUAAAUAUACCGAGAAUGUAGGAUGUUUAGAACAAUCGAAUCAUUAGAUGUGUGCGCGCGCGCAUUCGAGGCAAAUUUGAGGAUUCAAACGCCGGAAUUGCUUCGAACGAACGCAAUCACUAGAGAGACAGCAACAAAAAUCAUAGCAAUGGAUGGGAAAACGUUUGUCAAAUUAAUACUCGAACAACAAAGAGCAACAGUAGAUAGUAGAUUUGUUAAUGUACACUUGGCCGGUGUGUUAGGGCGUAUGGCGCUCUCGCCAUCGUCAUCGUUGUUCGUCGUAAUCGUGAUAUGUUAGCAAAUUCCUACGUUUUUUAAACCACAUACGGGACCCAUAAGCUAGUUUUUUAUACGCACAGCAAUCCGCGCCAGCGGUGGGACAUCUAUUUUGAUAAUAGUUUUCCCGUGUCUUUGAGAGGGAGAGAGCGAGAGAGAGAGAGAGAGCGAGAGAGUGAGCCUUACCUGUUGAAUUAAUUAGUCGUAAUCGAGACUGCAUUUUGUGUGUGUUUCCGAUGUGUAUUUGUUCGGAUGAAUGCUUUUCCACUGUUUGUAUAUCUACUCCGUUUGUUUGGUCCACGCCAAGUUUCGCUCGGUUUCUUUUUUAAAUUAGGUUUUUUAUCCGUAGCGUCUAGAUGGAGUAUAGAGAACUAAUAAAUGACUAGGAAGCGAUGGGGGAAUGUAGCGUCGUUAGCCUUUUCCUGCAUGUCCGUUUUAAAAGAGCCUACCACAGGCGCCCCUCGGUUCGGCGUCGUCCUUACUACUGCUAAUGUCCUCCUCUAUGGGUUGUGCGAUAUGAUAUGAUGAAUAGGAGAAAGGAGAUUGCGCUCGAAGCAAACACCGACCGUCAAUACAUAAAGAAACAAUCACGCUUGUUGGACGUUUUUUUGUAUUCUCUAUAGCAAACGCUACACAACAUUUAACAAAAGCAUAUAAGAAAAGAAAAGAAAAGAAAAACAGAAACAAACGUACCUUUCCACCCCAAAAGCCUCCCUGCAUACAGUGGAACACAGGCUACAUUGGUGGGAUAUUUUAUAGCAAAAUAAGGGGCAGAUAGAGAGGUGAGCGAUGAGCAUUUAAUUCGAUCAAUGAAACUGCGUCCACUUGUGGUCUGCAAAACAUCUUUCUAGUUCUUAACAAAAAAAAAAUCGUGUUGUUUAUCGGACUUUUAACUGUCUUCUCUCCGGUCCGGCGAUCGGCAAUAAAGCGGCCAUUCGUGUAGCAAACGGUGGACGGGUUGGUUAAUUAGAACAAAAGCUUUUUAUAUGAAAACACACACACAGACAGUCUUUAAAAUGAUAUAGUCAGGAAUAGUAACAAUGUGAGCGGAGGUAUAUAUAUACAUAUAUAGAUAUAUAAUUGUAGAAGAUAUAAUGUGCUCUUACAGAUACGUUUUGUAAGCGAAUCAUUAUUAUUAAUGCCCAAAACUAUGGUAGACGCUGCGACUACACGACAGCAGGUUUUUGUACAACUCGGCGGGAAUGUGCCAAAACAACAAGAACAAGAACGUACGAGAGAUCACUAAAAUAACCACUAGCCCCACUAAUUAUAAUAUUUAUCAUUAGGAACAACAAGAAAAAAAGAAAAGAAAUAUUUCCCCCUCACCCCCCUCCCACUAUAGCCAAAAUUGAAUUAAAAAGCUAAACGAACCCCCGAAAUGCAGAAGUUAUUACACUACUACUUACACAGACAUUUAAAUAUUCGAAUAUGUACUAAACAAGCAACAUUACCACACUAAGUAGAGAAUACAAAACAUUCCAACAUAAUGUUAGUGCCAAAACAAAAUACUUCGAUCGAAAGCAAGUAGCCAAUUCACCAUAAUAAACCCUUACCUUAUUGAAAGAUUACACAAAGUCACCAAGAGAUCGCCAAACCACUGUCCUGUCUGUUGGGUGGAGACGUUCGAAACGGGCGAAGAACGUGUUUUCCCCGAGCGGGCCACAGAUACCAUUUGCAUUGUGAACUAAUCGCCUGGCCAACAACAACAGUAGAGGAUGCGAAGGAGCGGUGCAGUAGUACAUUCGGAUGAAACAAAUCAAUGACGCUUACUAAUACUUAUAAAUAUAUACAUACAUAUAGAUAUAUACAUACAUAAAUGGAAUAGAAAUACUUAUGAACUAUAUUGUAACGGAA